AUGUCCAAGCACGCUCGAUCUGCCAGUACAGACGACGCCCUGAAGCAUCCCUCCACGAAACGCGCCAAAGAAAUUGACAACGAUACUCCCUUUGAUCAGCUAAAAGAGCUGCUCACCAAGAAUAAGAGCCAUGGCAAACCGCGAAAUGUUCUGCAUUGGUUUCGCAGCAAGGAUCUGCGAUCACAAGACAAUCGUGCCCUGCAUGCUGCUUCCACAAAGGCCAAAGAGGGAGGUGGAAGUUUGAUCACGAUGUAUCUCCAUUCGCCAAAGGAUCUCGAGUGGCAUGGUACAAGUCCUGCACGUACCGAUUUGAUCCUCGAGACGUUGCAAAUGUUGAAGAAGGAGAUGCAAGAGAAGAACAUUCCUCUAGCGAUCGUGACUGCUGAAGAGAGAAAGGAUAAGAGCGAUAAGGUGCGAGAAUUUGUGGAGAAGCAUGACGUGUCACAUGUAUUCGCGAAUAUGGAGUACGAAGUUGAWGAGCUACGUCGAGAUAUCGAUCUUGUUUCAAAAUUCCAGGAGGGAAAAUAUGGUGUUGGUUUUGAUGUGAUGCACGAUCAAACAGUUGUCAUACCUGGGGAGUUGAAGACUGGUGCUGGAGGGCCUCACAAAGUCUUCACGCCCUACCACCGAGCAUGGUUGGUGGAAACGAAGAAGAAUCCAGAGCUGCUUGAUCUGGUGCCUCCACCAGAGGCGAACGACAAAAAGGCGAGAGAGGAAUUCAAAGAGCUGUUCGAAUCUAAGAUGCCCGAAGUUCCGGAAGAGAAGCAAUUUGCGUCAAAGGAGGAGAAAGAAAGGAUCCGCAAGCUUUGGCCUGCGGGUCACGAUGCAGCGAUGGAGAGGCUAGAAGACUUCUUGCAGAAUAAGGUCGGGGAUUACGCUGCCCAUCGUUCGGAACCUGCACUUGAUCCAUCAUCCCGCCUAUCAGCCUACAUAUCUGCAGGCAUAAUUUCGAUUCGUGAGAUUCUAGCCGCCUGCACCAAACACAACAACGGCAAACAUUUCGACGCCGGGGAUGCUGGAAUAGCUUCCUGGGUCCGCGAGCUAGUAUUCCGGGAAUUCUAUCGUCACAUCACAGCCAUGAUACCGCACAGCUCUCUCAAUCUCCCUCAAAAUAUGAAAUUCAACAAUGUCCAAUGGGAAGAAGAUGAGGAAGGCUGGAAGAAAUGGUGUGAAGGCACGACAGGCGUUCCAUUCGUCGACGCAAGUAUGCGCCAGCUCGCAAACGAAGCCUACAUGCACAAUAGAGGCCGCAUGAAUGUUUCCUCCUACCUUUCCGGUAACCUCUUGAUCGAUUACAGAAGAGGAGAGAGAUUUUUCGCCCAACAUUUGAUCGAUUGGGAUCUUUCUAAUAAUACUCAGGGUUGGGAACCGAGCUAUACCGUCUUCAAUCCUGUUUCGCAAGMCGAGAAAUGUGAUAAGGAUGGCGAAUAUAUUCGUAAAUGGGUGCCUGAAUUGAAGAAUGUAAAGGGCAAGGCGAUUUUCGCGCCACAUGAGCGGUUGAGUAAAGCGGAAUUUGAGAAGUUGGGAUACCCGAGACCGCAUGUCGAUUAUAAGGAGACUUCGCAGAGAGCUAAGGAGAGAUAUAAGAGGGAUUUGGCUGAGGCUCCUGAUCCGUAG